AUGUGCGAUUGUUCGAAUCCGAAAACAAACGGUGGGAUAAGUCUGUCAAGGAUGAAGGACUGGAAAUUCUUUGCGACAGAAGUCAAGUUGCUGCAUAAGAGUUUGGACAUGUCUGCUGUGAGUAAGUGUGUGAUGAGUGAUUCUUUAUUAUUUCAUGGCAAUAAGCUCGACUUUCACAACUCAAUGAAUCCACAGGACGCGUCGGCUUUUUACAGCCGAUUCAUGGACACGUUGCGAACAUCAUAUCCGGCCGGAAAUGUACAGGAUGGACGCUUCGCAGCAAUGAUGAAUGUUGAGAUUGUUAACGAUGGUCCAGUGACGAUAAGUAUAGACAGUAAAAAUAGGGAUUGA